CACACUGCUCCAAUUGCAACGAGAAAACGAACGAAUUGCAACGAGCAGGCGAAAAAUCACAAAAAGCGGAAAAUCACAACAAUCGUGGGUGCAAACGGAACGGAAAACGAGCAGCGAGGCAACGCAAAGAGGAGCCCGGAAAAUCGGAUGGCACGGCAGUGAAAAGCGCAACAGCAGAGGCGCACUUGGCGCGUUUCGAGGGGCGAAGCGCGUUGCGUUCUUUUCCAAACCGAUUUCGAUUCCGAAUCCAAAAACCAAACCAAUCCAAUCCCCACACUCGCACACACACACACACACACAGACACGCGCGCGCAUACAGUGAACGAGUGAAAGUGCAUCUACAUCUGUGAUUUCGUAUAUAAUAAUGCGUCGCGCAUACGCGGAUUUGGCCAGCAGAAGCACCAAAGACUAACAAGUGAUCCGGAUAAGGAUACGGAUCCGGGGAUUGAGUUAGUUGGCCAGGGCUGGGCAGGGCUCCGCGUGAAACCCCCCCGUGAAAUGGCCGAUCAGGUGGCGCACACCAAAGAAACGGAUGCGGAGGAGCCGCUGGUGAAUGGCGAACUGCCAUCGGAGGAGGAGGAGGCGACGCCGCUGCCGCCUCCCUGCUGCCAUGUGAUGUCCCUGUCCUCCAUGGACGUGGAUGCGGAUGCGGAUGCGGAUCCGGACGUUGAUGUGGAUGCGGAAGCCACAUCCUGCUCCACUUCCCAGUUGAAUCCGUCGCCACCGCCUGCUGGUGUCCAACAGGCGAAGCCGGCGCGGAGCAGCUCACCGCCAUGCCAUCUCCUGGAGCGGCUCAACUUUCCCGAGGGCAACAUCAUCAACACGCUGCACACGAUCCUCGCCCUGCCCCCCUUCGACCCCUAUGCCCCCGCCCCCAAGGCGGAGACGGUCUACAAGGAGGUCGUGUCGCUGAUGCAGUGGAGCCAGCGGGAGGACAACGCCAUCGAGCUGGAGGUCAGCGACAAGCUGCUCCACGAGUGCGAGCACAAGGGCGGCGAUCCCAACGACGAGACGCGGUCUUACUUGAUGGCCAUUGAGAACAUGCGUCUCUUCUCCGAGGAUCCAAAGAAUCCGCUGCGUGACGCCGACGGACAGCUGCGUGCAAUUACGCUAUAUUUCCAGAAUCUUGCCUUCAUAUUUGUGAAACACCGGAAGGAGGAGUUCUUCACAUUUUGUUCCUGCAAGGAAUGUCUCGAAUACCGCGAAACCAUCAUGGCCAUCAUGAUGGAUCAAUUUAAGGCUGCGCACAUGGUGGUCAUGUUGCUGGACGUUUUGAUCAAGGCCUACAGCCCCAUGUUGAAAAACGAUGCUGCCUACAAUAAGUUUGAGAAGCUGCUUGAGUGCAACAAGGAGAUCUAUUGGAUUACUAGCGGCUAUCUCUACGAUAAGAAUGCCGAAUAUCUUGAUUUUAUUGAUGACACAGCGAUCUCCGAUAAUAUGAUAUUAGUGCUAUUCAGCGCCAUCUUAAUGGCCAACAAUCCGAUGUUGCUGCUACAAAUACUCGCCUAUAAUGUGGAAUGCAUUGUGAAGGCAUUCUCCGAGGGCAUGAUCGAGAUUGCCCAGAAUAUUCAGGAGAACGAAAAGAUUUCCGCAGAAAGGAUGCUGACAUACAUUCUGGACGGCUACUCCGAUCUGAAUUGUAUCUCGCAGAAGAUCUCGCUCAGCCUGUUUGCGUUCGAGAACGACUUUCUGCGCAAGUUCAAGCUCUCGUGGGUGCUCCUGUGCCAACGUCUGUUCCAGCAACAUGUGUUCACGCCCCUGGGCGAUACCAUGCUGGCCUGCAUCCUGUCGCUGAAGGAGGCCGCUCCAUCGGCCCAGACGACGGCGCUAAUCAAGCGGUACAUGCUCUUCGACGAGCACAUGCACUCCAUCGAGCGGCGCUGGACGGACAUCUGGAUCGAGCUAAACAAGUUCAACUUGUCGCCCACGGAGCACGAGCGCCGGAUGGGCCUGCUGGAUGUGUACAACAUAUUCGACAAGGUCGUCCUGGACGCCACCUCCUUCUCGCUGCCGGACAUCAGCGACGAUGAGUUCAUCGACUUCCAGCGCAUCGUGGACCGCCAGCUGGCCUGGAAGAACAUCAUGGCCUUCACGAAGCUCAAGUGGCCCGACGGCUUCUACGAUCCGCCCAAUAAGCUGGUGCACGAGGAUCUCUGCAAGAAGUGCAAUUCGCUUCUCGAGCACCAUAACGAGAACUGUAAAUGCAUCACUUGCUCCAUCGCCGGCACUCCUUUGCGACCGCGACAAGCGGGCCAUUGUGCCAAGUGCACAACGCUCGGCAUUGUCGAGAAGGACCCGAAGCUGAUGAAGUCCAAGAUCCUGAGCACCUGCACCAGUGACGAGGCUAAGCACAAUGCGGCUAUGGCGGCGGCGGCCACUUCGAGCUCCUCCGCCGCCCAGCAGCAGCGACGCACCAGCGAUCUCCCGGAGGAUGAGUCACCAUCCGGAAGCGGCGGCAGCAGCAGCAGCAGUGGUUCGGUGUACCGGCGACAGGCGGAGACGACCGACACCCUGCGCACCACAUAUCACAUCGCAUGGGCGGUGUUCCAGCACCUGACCACCAGGAAGCGCUAUCGCCACGAGUCGAUCGAGGCGCAGUUCUUCUGUGGCGAGAACUGCCGGGUCUCCGCCUGCCAGCUGGCCAGAAAGAUCCUGGCCAACCAGCUUUCGCCGCCGCUGACCAAGUAUCUGCUGCGCUGCUUCCAGCCGCUGUCGUUCACGCGGGAGGAGCUGCGCUCCACGCUGCCCUCGCUGAUGUUCUUCAACCGAAAGCUGGCUCCCAGUCCCGCCGAGUUGCAGGAGCUGAGGAACCAGCACUACGUGUACAAAACCUACUGGACCUUCGUCCUCUCCAUUUACGCCAACUUCUUUGUGAAAUUCAACUCGAGCAGCACGGACUUUGGUCACCUGGAACUGCUCAAGGGUGAUCUUCGUCUGCGGCUGAACAGUGUGGUUGGCGACAAGGACGACGGCCGGUUCGAGCAGUUUUUGGCCCAGGUUAUUGGGUACUCACCUUUCAAAAUCACUGAUGAUUUUACGCUGGGUGACGCCAACAUAGAGAAGAUGCAGUUCGGAGUGGAUCAGCUAAUGAUGUUGCAUGAUUCUCAGAUAAUAAAACGCACUAAACCGGACAGCACUACGGGCUUAUCGGGUGCCAAAUCCAAGGCCGGAGAUUCGAAUUUGUCGCAAUCAGGAGGCAGAAAUGGCGAAGCGGGAGGCAACAAGAAGAGCAAGGAAAAGAUGCGCAAAUGCUGUGCCGACUACGCGGACAUUGGUGAGCCCUGCAAGGAGAAUCACUCAAAGAAACGCGUGAAGAAGGAGUGCAACCAUGCGCGCUUUAACGAGACGCGUGACCGGCUGCGCAAAAAGCUCUCGCAGAUUGUCAACGAUCGAAAGACCAAGUCGACGGAGGAGGCGCCGCCAUCUAAGACUAAGACCACAAUGCCGGAGCCAGCUGCUGUGCCCGCGCCGGUAGCGAUCCCACCGAAGCGGCCUCCGAAGGCCGAAUCCCUUCCGCCGAACCAGCCACCCAGCUUGAAAGUGUUCGCCACCGCGCAGCUGCAGUCCUCCAGCAAUCCGCGGAAGAUGCCUCCGGCAGCCGCAGCAGCUGCAGCGGCGGCUCUCAACGAGUUUGGCCAGGACCAAGAGGAGCAGGACGGGGGCGACAAUAGUCUGCUGCGCCUGGACAGCCUCUGCAAGAGGCUCCAGAUGCACACAGAUGCCACGGAUGCCUCUGCUGCGGCCACGGCGGCCGAGGCUGCGGCGGCAGUGGCCGCUUUUAAACGCGGCGGCGGCUUUCCCGCCGACUACAGCAAGGAGGACAUGAUGCAGGACUUUGCCGAGUUCCUGGGCACUUAUACAUACACCCGGGAACAGGACCAACAGCGCUGGAUAAACGAGACCCUCAAUUUUAUCGAGGGCAAGUCCCAGCAGCCGCAGACCGCCAACCCGAAGAAGGCGGCCAAGAAGGCCAAGCAGAAGAUGCGCAAGGAGGAGGAGAAACGGAUCAAGGAACUGGAGGAUCUGCGCGGCCAGUUUCUGGACAUUUACUUCAAGGAGUUCAUCGACAAGUACGAAAUGAAGGCUCUGACGGCUGCGGGCGGCAGGAAAAAGGAGAAGAAGCGCAUCGGUGAGCUGGAGGCGAACAUCAAGAACCUGCAGCGAGCGAAGGCCAAGGUGGAGACGGUGAUCCUCGAGCUUAUAGCCACCGUCAAGCAGACGAACAGCGAGUUCAAGUUCUCCUACCUGCCGACCAAGCAGCAGCAGCUGGCCAAGAUGGCCCAGCUGGAGGAGAUCCUCAAUGGAGGCCCACCCGCUGUUAGACAGGAGACUCCUGCGCCACAACCUGCGCCGCAGUAUCCCGAUUUCAGCAGUGGCAGCAGCAACUCUUUCUAUUCACCGCCCGGACAAAACACCCCCGUAUGUUUUGCUCCUCCCCAGCAGUCGCAGCAUCCGCCUCAACUCUCACGGGAUGUGAUUGCCGCCAUGGCGGCCAACUCCAUCACUGCCGAUCCCUCCAAGCGCAUUGUGACCAUACGCCGGGUGCAGCUGCCCCAUCCGGGAGCCGAGCAGCAGGUGACCGUGGUGGCCAAGGGCAGUGCUCCGCACGAGGACAAGCUGCUCUACACCUUUGUCAACGGUCACAUGGUGGCUUCGGGUCCGGCGCAGCCGGAAGAAGCUCCUCCUCAGGCUGUAGCAGCUCCCAGUAUUCCUGAGAAGAGCGCCAAGGCCAAGAAGAAAGAGGCUAAGCGAGCUGCAGCGGCAGCAGCGGCGGCGGCAGCAGAGGCUGAAGCAGCAGCAGCUGCGGCGGCGGAGCAGCAAGUCAAGCUGAAAAGCAAGAAGCAGGCGAAGAAAUCAGCCGUAGCUGUAACCACCGCAUCCAGUUCCACGGCGAGCAGCAACUCCUCCAAAACGCAGACGCCGCAGAGCACGCGCGAGAGCUCGGUGUGCAGUGUGAAGCCAAAGACUGCACCCAAGAAGCCGGCGGCCAAGCCACCCAAGGUGGUGGAAGUUACACCACCACCACCUAUUCCAGAGCCCGAGCCACCGAAGAGGCAAAAGCGUCUAAAGUCGCGGCUGGAUCCUGGCCAAUUGGACAACAAUCCCUUCAAGUCGCUGCACAUGCAGGAUUCAUCGGAGGGCGAAUGGGAAACGGGCAGUGAGUCGGAGGAAGCCGAGGCGCCGCCGCCCAUCCGGCAGCAGCCCAAACUGCCAGCUGCUCCGGCGCCCAAGCCAGUUGCUCCUCCAGUAGCCACAAAGGCGAAGCCAACUCCCGCACCAGUUGCUGCACCUGUCAAGAAGGUUAAGCAACAGGAGGUGGCUCCGCAAAAGCAACACCCUGCAGCUCCCGCCAAGGCUCAAGCUCAGGCAAGGGGCAAGGCAACGUCUGCUUCCGCUGGAAAGUCCAAUCCUCCGCAACAGCAGCAGCAGCAGUAUCAGCAGGAAAAGAUACCGCCUGCCAAGAGCCAGUCGCAGCGUCCAGCUGAAUCAGCGAGGAAGCAGAAACAGGCUCCUGUUAAUCUCGAAUCCAACCGCAAUGCUCCAAACCUGGCGCCCCAGCAGUCGCGAGGUGGUCGUGGUAAUGGUCGGACGAAGCCCUCGGCUGGUGGUCAACAGCAGCAGCAGCAGCAGGUCCAGCAGCACUCCAAUCCCCAUUCAGCUGAGGCGAGCGCUCCGCCAAAGAGAUCGCAGCGCGGCAAGCGCGGGCAUCGCCAAAAGCAGGAGGAUCUCUCGGGCAUUCCACACAACAUGGGCUAUUUCAACCCCAACGAAGUUGCCAUACCUCCGCCGCAGACUGGAAGUUAUGCCAGCACUUUGACCCAGCAGAUGCAGCACCUGCGCAUCGGCCAGUCGGGCGGCAGUUCCAGCUCGAAGCAGCCAUCGCAGUCGCCCAACUGCAGCAUUAUGGACCAGCUGAACCGCGGUGUACAGGUGGAGCACCUCUCGCUGCCGCCUGGCAUCACGCUGACCAAGGUGGACCCCGCGAAGAGCGAGCAGUUGCGCCAGAAGAGCGAGUCCAUUCGACUGCUAUCGAAGCCUUUGGCCGAGCAGCAGCAACAGCAGCCACAGCAGCAUCACUUCCAGCAGCCGUCGCACCUACUGCAAAGCUACUAUGGAGCAGCUGGAGCCGCUGGCAUGGAUCCCAAUGGUGUAAUCAUGGUUGAGGCCAAUCCGCGGCCAAAUCGCAAUAGCCAAGCUCCCUCUGCACCGCCUAACGUGGCUGCUGCGGCAUCGGCGGCCAGUGCCAGUGGAAAAUCCUCGAGACGCCGGCGAAGGAAUCGUGGAAAGUCCGGUGGUGGAAGCGGCGGCGGCAACAUUGGCAGUUCCGGAGGGGCCAACAAGCAGCGAUCGGGAGGAGGAGUUGCUGGUUCUGGAGACAGCCAAAAACCAGCGGCCUCGCCAGCCAGUGCAGCCACUAUCGAAGCGAAUGCCAGUGGAAUUAUAACCCUGCGCAAUCCAAUGUUCCACCAAGCCAAUGGGCCAGUGGCCGGUGGAGGUAUGAUGCCUCCCAAUCCCAACCCAAUGCCACCAGUGCGAAACUUUGGCGCCAGCCUCCCCGCUGCUCCGCCCAUGGCCAUGGAUCAACCUGCCGCAAUCAUCAAGAACGAGAACGGCAUGUUCACCAUACGCAAUCCGGCGCUGCACCAGGCGGUGACCAAUGGCUUGGCCAUGGGCGGCUACCGACAGUUCGGCAGCAAUGUCAACUACUAUACGCCCCAGGAGGCUGUGGCCGAGGCGGCCCGGGCCACGCAGCAGAAGCAACAGCAGCAGCAGCAGGCUACUGCCGCCAGCAGCAGCAAUACCUCAAAUUUCUCCUACUUUUCCAGUGGAUCGGCCAGUGGCAACAGCAGCGGAAGCAGCAACGGUGGCAACGGGACGCACAACAAUAUCAGUAUUAGCUGUACCAACGUUCCCCCGAGCAAUACCGAAAGCGGAAGCAACAGUCCCGGCCGUUUGGUAGGCGACGCGGCAGUGAUUGCCCGUCCCAAGCAAUCGCAGAAAUGUCUCUCGGCGAUUGGCAGUGAGCUGAAGCAGAAAGCCAAGGACAGCAAGUGGACGGGCUAUGGCCAGCAGCAGCAGCCGACGUCGGACUACAACUCUGGAGGAGCUGGAGGAGGCGUUCCCUUGCAGGAGAAGUACCAGCAGUCGAGCUACUACAACGGCUUCGAGGUCUUCUCGGCGGCAGCGGCGGCCGCCUCACAAGGUCCUGGCAGCGGCGGCGGAUCGAGCGAAUGCCACAUGCAUCACAGCUGCGGCGACGACUCUCCGCCGCCCACCAUCACCGGUUUCAAUUCCUACCUGGAGGGCAUCCCGAAUACCGGGGUCAUUCGCUACGACGACGCCGCCUUUCUCAAGAACUUGAUACCGGGCCAGCAUCUCAACAACGAGGUCUCCAUACACAAUAUAUCGGAGUCCAACUUCACGCGCAACAACGCGUCGCCAUCGCCGCACCACGUGGAGAUUACCAGCGUGUUUGGCAACCGGGUGCGCUCCUCGAACGCCUAUGAUCCACAGCAGGUCGGUCCAGGUCCAGGUGCCAACUACUGCGACAGCGUAGCCGCCGACUACGGCAGUGAUUCCCACCUCUUUGUCCAGAACAAUCUGCUGACGCGAAUGCCACAGCCUCCAGCGCCGCCCGAUCCCUUUGGCUACGACUUCGACCCCUCGGUGGUGCCGGGCGGAGGCUCGAAGGCGGCCAGCGUGGCCAGCGACCUGAACGAAUUCCUGCGCCGCAGUCCGCUCAGCCAGCGAACCUCGCCGUACAGCCAGGACGAGAGUGCCGCCGCCCUGGAAACGUUCGUCCAGAACAUGAGUGCGCUGCAGAUCGCGAGCGAUGCCGAGCAGUGCUCGCGGCUCAACGGGACGGCAGCCGGAGGAGGAGGAGGACCGGGCGAUGCCCCGUCGGCGGAUGCCACCGCCGGAGGAGCCGCCAAUGCGGCCGCCGCCUGGUGGUGAACCACAUGACAAGAGGUGCUGCUGCAUGGCCAGCAGAUUGAUUUGAACUCCUUACAUUCAUCCCACUCUCACAUACGCAGACAUUUCAUCGAUAGGGCUGAAAACAAACGAUAAAUGAAAACCAGAAAAAAGAAAAGAAACAUUAAAAUACAAAAAACAGAAAAGCAUCCAAGAAAUCAUUUAAAAUGGCUUAGGAGUCAAUUUCAAUGUUUCAACAAAAAAGAGAAAAAUAAAGAAAAAAUUAACUUAAAUGGAA